CCCUAACAGAAACAGAAGUCAACUAAGCGGUGCAGAAACAUGUCGCAACAUCAUUCGAGGGGCACUUCGACAAUCAAUGCUAAAUUGCGGCAUUCUCGAGUGGGACAAGCGUUCUUUACUCUAAAGCGUCCUCAGGUCUUUCAGGUGCGCAAAUCCCUCGUGGAAUAUGUGGACGAUGAGCUGUUUGGGAUGAAUACAUCGGUGUUCUAUCAGCGCAUUUUCAUACUGUCCAAGAAUGUGGAGCUCAAACGUGAGAGCCUCGUCAAUCCGACGGUGACGGAACAGCGGCCCAGUGUAACGACUGCCUCAAUUGUGGAUGGAGAAACAGCUACUUUACGCACCGCCGAAGUCAUUUUUAACGAUGGUGACGAGCAGCACUACUCACAGCAGUCAACGGAGGACGGAUUACCGGGCAACGAGGGUGUAGAUGAGGCAGACUUGCCAACUAAAAUUGCGGAUCCAAUCGAUCCAGAUUUGGAAACAUUAACUCGCACUUUUCGCUUUGACGAGGAAGCAGCAUCCACAGAGUCGGAGGAGGAGGAGUACCGAAAAACAGAACAAGUGGCACCUGCACCGCCCAAGGAUAUAUUCGCACAGUUCACCGAUAAGCUGCUAGCGCUGCACAAAGAUUGCCGCGAGUUGUCCUAUACACCAGAUCCGAUGUGCGGCAUAGUUGUCUAUAUGAACGAAUACACGAUGAUGAUGCUGGAGAGCGGUGAAGAUUUGAUGGGCAUCUUUUGCAAUAAGCUGCUGGCAAUUGUGGAUGAGUUCUGGCAAAGUAAUCGUGUCUUUUUGAUAGAAGAUCAUAUCAAAGAACUGUACACAAAGGAGUUGGUGUUUAGACGCAUUCCAGCUGUCUUUCUCAACGAGAAGUUUCCUCCGUCAACGCCCACGGAUGAAUAUCUGAUGGGGAAGGAGCACUUAAUCAUCAAGGACAAAAUGUGUAAUAUAUGUGCUCUAAUACGAGAUAGCCUGGAACCGUCUCACCCGGCAGAGAGGGCAACAGCUCAUCUCAGUUCGAUGCUCCAAACAGAACUGACAAGCACAAACGAGUUUGAGCAGGGUGACAGCGAUGAUGAGGACGGGCAUAGUCUGCGUCUCAAUCAGUCUACUAGUAAAGCCGCCCUAUUGACAAGAGGCGUCUCGGAGAUACUGCCACCGGAAAUCUUCCGCAGACUGCUGCCGGAAGUCCAACGUAUUGAACUGGUACUUUCCGCUGACCGAUUCUAUUAUACGCUCGAAGAUUUCGCCAAUUUGUAUGGUAAGGUACCGUUUAGACCCGAUGACGAUGGCAACUUCUGGCCCAUACAGAACAACUAUGUGCCGCCAAAUAUCUUCAAGCGUACUCCGUUCGAUAUUAAUCUCACCUUUGCGGAUUAUGCCGCCGAAAUGAAGAAACGCAUGCAGGAGGAGCAGGAGAAGGCCAAGGCCGAUCAAGAGGCUUCUGACGCAUAUGCAGCAGCUCAAUUGCAGCCAACAGCUGAUCGAACUGAACGGACGUCGACGCAUCCGCGCAGCGAAGAUGCCGAUAACGAAUAAUACUCUCUACUCGAUGCUCAACUCUGUUAUAACAUUUUCCGAUUAAUUUCGCUCAGUGUAGAGCACCAUUGAAAAUUAUCAACAGCAGUCGUUUUCGCUGUUAUCUACCCAAAACUCGCGCACGGCAACAAUGUUUUCGCCUUUGUGCACAUGACUGCAUUCAAUGUGAAUGCGUGUAGGUGGUUGGCUGGGUGGUUGUGGUGGUGCGGCAUAUUGGCUUGAGCUGUGGCAAGUUUCGUGAUUCUGUUGUUGUUUUUGAUGUUGCUGUUGCUGCUGCUGCUGCCGAUGCCGUUGCCGCUGUUGCUGCUUAUGCUUUCGUGUUUUGGCUUGCCACUUGAAUGGCUCGGCUUUGUUAACGUAAACAUAUAUUUGUGCACAUCCUUAAGAGCACCCACACAUUCUAAUGCAUUAAUAUACUCGUGUGGGGGCCCGGGGCAGGUAUAGGGGCGUGGGCUUUUAACACAAACCGCAACAGACGCCAACUGUCACUUGUAAUGCCGUUAGUUUGCAGCUGUCAAAAACCGUUGCUGUCAUUGUAAGUCACUUGACAGUCCAAUAUUCCAAACCCACAAACACACACGCACACACACACACACACGCAAAGGUCCAUACACACAUCCACACACAUAAUUAUAGCAAACACACGUGCUGUGCUCAAGAUAUUCUCGGAAUUCGCAAAUCGCUUGAAAAUUCUUAAUGCGUUUAGGCAACAAAUUUGCUUUAAAAUUGUAUAUGAGCUUAGCUUAAAUAACAACUAAAUGUAAUAAAA